AUGGAGAGGGGUGUGGAUGGCAGAGUGGGUGGUGGGGGAGCUGGAUGUCUUGCAGAUGCGGACGGAGGGGAGAACUGCACGCACGUGCCAGACCAAGCAGUGAUUACCCUGGGGCGAGGUGAACAAAGGGAAAAAACACAUGUCGCUAGACGUUGUGGAGAUGAAUUAACACGACUCACUGCAAGGGGCCUCACCUACCCUGUAAAGGCGACAGCGUGCCUUGGGUGGAUUCGAGGUCUGCUAAAAUACUUUCCACCAAGUCGCCAUCCCAAAGUGGGUUGCCUUUCUGCGGGAGCUCACUUCACUCGAAUAUGCUGUGCCAUCUUGGCCUGCCACAACGCCGGAGCCCUCUGUUUCAACACCAGUGGAGCGGUGAUCGGCGAUUUACUGGGCCUCCUUGUCCCUUUCGUCGAUCUCAGUGAUUUGGAUCAAAGACCAGAGACGUACCUUCCACUUGAUAUGCUCUCCUUCUACGACCUGUUCAUUGAACUAGUGGAGCAUUUCGCGGGGGUGUCAUACUCGGCGCCAAUUUUCUCCAACAUUCUGCUUCUCUUCCUGCAAACUUCAUCCCUACCGGCAAACUAUCGACGCGCACUUUGGGGCGAGCACCAAACCGCACUCCGGGCCCUGGUGAUUUCACCCAGGGAGUAUAUUUUGUCUGCGGCCUCCUACAAAGGCCUGUUCGAACCCGUUGAAGGUGACGAGGGAGUCCUCAGGUCCUACGCCAGUGCCCUCUGCUCCGGUCUCAUACAGCCCUGCCGGCAGCCGAUUCUCGCGCUAAUAGCCAUUCACCACCUUAAUCGUAACAUUUAUUCACUUUCGGCCAAAGCGGAACACGCUUCUUUUCUGAGUCAACUGUCGUCAUCCCUCAAAUUUAUCGCUUCGCGUGGCAGCCCAGAAGCGGUGCAAAUGCUCGAUUAUUUGCGGCGUUACAAGGCACCGGUCGUGCCGAAUUCACCGGCCAUCCCAAUUUCACAGUUAUCAAACUCAAAUUACACUUCGAUUGGAUGUGCCAAGGUCACCGAUCUGAUGCAGCUUUAUGAAGAAAAUGAACUGCCACCCUUGCGAAUAAAGCGGUGGGACGAGUUCAUGCAAUGA